CUGGUGAAUAUUGGUGGAACUGAUAUUGUGGAUGGAAAUCAUAAACUGACACUUGGGCUUAUUUGGAGUAUAAUUCUACACUGGCAGGUCAAGGAUAUUAUGAAAGCUAUAAUGUCAGAUCUGCAGCAGACAAACAGUGAGAAGAUUCUGCUGAGUUGGGUUCGUCAAUCGACCCGACCUUACAAACAAGUAAAUGUUCUGAAUUUUACAACCAGCUGGGCUGAUGGGCUUGCUUUCAAUGCCAUUCUUCAUAGGCACAAACCAGGUUUGUUCAGCUGGGAUAAAGUUAUGAAAAUGUCUGCGGUGGGUCGCCUGGAACAUGCUUUUGACCUGGCUAAAAAGCACCUGGAGAUAGAAAGACUUCUGGACCCUGAAGAUAUUGCUGUUUGCCUUCCUGACAAGAAAUCCAUCAUCAUGUACGUGACUUGUUUAUUUGAGGUGCUCCCUCAACAAGUCACUAUGGAGGACAUCCUUGAAGUGGAGACUCUGCCAAGGCAGUACAAAUUUGAAUGUGCAGAGGGUCCUUUAGCGCCUCAACAGAAUGUAACCUCUGAAAAGGAGACCCUCGACUCUCAGGCUGAAACUUCUAGUACAGUGCCCGAGAUGGAUGUGGACUUGGAUGGUUAUCAGGCAGUUUUGGAGGACGUUCUAACAUGGCUAUUGUCAGCUGAGGACACGCUUCAUAUGCAAGAUGACAUAUCCUCUGAUGUUGAGGAGGUGAAGGAACAGUUUCACGUUCAUGAGGGGUUUAUGAUGGAGCUGACUGCACAUCAGAGUAAUGUGGGUAAUGUACUUCAGACUGGAAACCAGCUCAUUGCCCAGGGCAAUCUGACAGAAGAGGAGGAGAAUGAGAUCAGAGAACAGAUGUCUUUGCUUAAUUCUAGAUGGGAAAACCUGAGAGUUGCCAGCAUGGACAGACAAGCCAAGCUUCAUGAUGUUCUAAUGGAACUGCAGCAGCAGCAGUUGCGGCAGCUAUCAGAUUGGCUCACUCGGACAGAAGCACGUAUUCAAAAGCUGGAAGCACAAUCUGCAGUAAAUGAGUUGGGGUCCCUUAAACUGCAGAUUGAUGAACAUAAACUAUUGCAAAGUGACUUGGAGACAGAGCAGGUGAAGGUGAACUCUCUGACACACAUGGUUGUGGUUGUGGAUGAGAAUAGUGGCGAGAGCGCUACAGCUGCACUGGAGGACCAGUUACAGUCACUUGGUGAGCGCUGGGCAGCUGUUUGUCGUUGGACAGAAGAGCGAUGGCGCCUGCUGCAGGAUAUUUUUGUGAAGUGGCAGCGACUAUCAGAAGAACAGCUGCUGCUUGAAGCUUGGCUGUCUCAGAAAGAAGAUGCUUUCAUUGCAAUGCAAACCAGCAGCUUUAGGGAUCAGAGUGAGACUGAAGUGAACAUUUACAGAUUGGAAAUUCUGAAGGAAGACCUACAAAUGAAGCAUCCUACAUUGGACCAGCUGGUUGAACUUCAUAAAGACUUAGUGGAAUUGCUCAACAAUAGUAAUUUAUCAAAGAAAAUUAACAGUGGUAUGGAAGUGCUAUCGCAAAGAUGGGACAAUUUAGCGCAGCAGCUGGAAGAUUACUCCGAACAGAUAUCUCGGGCAACGUCUGAGUUGGGACUAACUCAGGUUAGCCCAGUGAAGAUGGUUGAAAUAACCACAGAACAUUCAGUUCAGAAGCAGGGAUUGGUGCCUCCCCCACCACCCAAGAAAAGACAAUUUUGCAUGGAUGUAGAAUUCAAGAAAAGAUUUGAUGUUGAUGCUGGUGAGCUUCUGAGUUGGAUUGGUAAAUCGAAGUGUGCGAUCGACAACAUGAUGUUCAGUGAUUUCACCAGGCAGAAAAAUAUAUCUAGCAUGAAGGAAAAGGUGAAGGCUCUGGAAAAGGAGAAGACUGAAAAAGAGAGACAGGCAAAAUCAUUAAAGCAGGUGGGACAGGCCUUGCUUGAAUCAAUGGAGAAAGAAGGACUACCAACAGAGGAAGUAAAACACACACUGGAGAAUCUGUCAGUAGAAUGGAAAGAUAAUAAUCAGAAAAUGGACAAGCUGAAUGGAAAAUUGCAGUAUCAAGAGAAUAUUAACUGUAUUUAUUCAGAACUACAAGAGUUUGAAAAAAUUGUGCAAUCCAAAGAAGACUGGCUAAAAUGUGCAAACAGUGCUGUAUUGAAGGAAUCCUGUCAGUAUGAAGUAAAUCAAAUGAAUGAAAUGACUCCACAAGUAAAGAAACUGCUUGCUCAUGGGGAAAUGCUUAGCAAUAAGUCUGAAGCUCCAAACUUUCUCCAGGAAGACCUUAGUAAUUUCAAUAAUAGAUUCAUGUCACUUCUGCAGAAACUGCAGAGUAAGCAGCAGGUACUAGCCGGUUUAGAAACUCCUUGGAGUGUCGAUGCUAUAAAGUCAAUGAAAACGUUGCUUGACCGAUACGAGGCCCAGGUUACAUCAGAUUGGAAUGCAGUUAUUACUGUGGAAGCUGCUCAGAAUGCAUUAAAAAACACAGCGUCUAUACGAGAUGAAUUGACAAAUCAUCAACCUGAAAUGGACAAACUAGCAGAUGAGGCUCAAAGCACAGGGGAGGAGCUGAUGCCUUCACGGAACUUGUAUAACCCAGAAUUGGAAGCAAUUCAGGCACGAUGGAGAAGGCUGAUGACAAAACUUCAGGGUGACUGCCAGAUGCUGGAAGACACUAUAUCCAAACUGCGGCGAUUUCAGAAACAUACAGAUGUUGUGGAGAAAUGGGUAGAUCAUGCAGAGACCUUCUUGUCCAAGGAAACUGCCACGUCAGGCAAUAAAGAGGGGUUUCAGCAGCAGGUGGAACAGUGUAUGACAUUUGUGAAAGAAAUUCAGAAUGUGGAGUCCAAUUUGACAUCAAUGAAUGAGAUCCAUGAAUCAUUGAAAAAGCAGCCAAUGGUAUCCAUUUCCAACUCUGUGAUAUCUCGCAUGGUUGAUUGCCGCACACGAUUUGAAAGUGUGAGCAACCAGAUUAUGUCUCAGCAGGCAAGACUGUCUGAAGGUCAGGAGAAGACACUGAACUUGAAGAAAGAUCUUGUGGAGAUGCGUGAAUGGACCAUGCAAGCUGAAGAGGAAUAUUUAGAGAAAGACUUCGAAUAUAAGUCACCUGAAGAAUUAGAGACUGCUUUGGAGGAAAUGAAGCGAGCAAAAGAAGAGGUGCUGCAGAAAGAAGUUAGAGUGAAGAUUCUGAAAGACAAUAUAAAUUCAGUUCUUAAGAAAGUGCCACCCAGUGAUCAGGAAAGGAUGUCCAGAGAUCUUCAUACAGUGAUGGAGAAUUACAAGAGGCUUUGUGACAGGAUUGAACGGAAAUAUUUGACUUUAAAGGAGGUGUGGUCUUGCUGGUGUGAGUUGCUCCAUUACUUGGACGUAGAAAACAAUUGGUUAAAGAAUCUGGAGGAGAUGUUGUACACCACGGAAAAUGUACCAGAUAGUGUUGAAGCUGUUACUGAGGCCCUUGAGUCCCUCGAGUCUGUACUCCGUCAUCCAGCAGAUAAUCGAACACAAAUCCGUGAACUUGGCCAGACGCUGAUUGAUGGUGGAAUAUUGGAUGAACUUAUAAGUGAAAAGCUGGAGGCAUUCAACACUCGAUAUGAGCAGCUUAGUCACCAGGCUGUGAACAAGCAGAUUUCAUUGGAGAAGCAUUUACAAAUGUCUCAAGAAAAUGAACAGCGAAUGCACAACCUGCAGGAGUCACUUGGAUUGCUGGAUAAGCAGUUAACCUUGUAUUUAACAGACCGUAUAGAUGCCUUACAGAUGCCACAAGAAGCUCAGAAAAUUAAAACAGAUAUUGCAGCUUAUGAAUCCAACUUAGAGGAGAUGAAGAUGAAAAAUAUGAGGACCCUGCCUUUAUUAGAUAACAAGCCUAACUCUCGUGGUGGGACUCAAUUGGAUUUGCUUCAGAGGAAACUUCGAGAAGUGUCAACAAAAUUCCAGCUUUUCCAGAAGCCAGCAAAUUUUGAGCAGCGUAUGCUAGAUUGUAAACAUGUGUUGGAUGGUGUUCGAGCAGAACUGCAUGUGUUGGACAUGAGAAGUGUUGAACUUGAGGAAAUACAGUCUCAAUUGGAUAGUUGUAUGAAACUAUAUAAAACACUGAGCGAAGUGAAGCUUGAGGUGGAGACAGUAAUAAAGACUGGGCGACAAAUUGUUCAGAAACAGCAGACUGAGAACCCUAAAUUAAUGGAUGAGCAAUUGACAGCUCUGAAACUUUUGUACAAUGAAAUGGGAGCACAGGUCACUGAAGGUAAGCAGGAUUUGGAAAAGGCCUUGCAACUAUCUCGCAAGUGGAAGAAAGAGACCGUGUCAUUUUCAGAAUGGUUGGCAGCUACAGAAGAUGAAGUGAUUCAAAGAUCAUCUUCCAGUGGAAUGCCUGUUAACUUAGAUUCAGAGAUCAAGUGGACCAGACUAAUUCUGAAAGAAUUGGAGGUGAAGAAAACUGAACUAGGUGGUAUAACUGAGAAUAGUGCUGCACUUCAGAGUCUGAUAGAAGGCAGCGAUCAAGUUUUGGAGGAUAACCUGUGCACACUGAACGCCAGUUGGAACAAGGUCAAUGCUCUGACACAGGGGUGGUGUGACAAACUGCUGGAUUAUGAAAAACAAAUGGAAGGCUUCGAUCAAAAUGUUGCACACAUAAGCACCUGGCUGUAUCAAACUGAAAUUCUGUUAGAUGAGAUCGAUAAGAAAUCAGACAGUGAAAGAGAAGAAAUACUUAAGCGUUUUCAAUUUGAACUGGAUGGAAUCAGUUUGCAAGUUGAUGAUGUACGUGACCAAGCUGUUUCCCUCAUGAAAAAUAAUGGUAGCAUGUGCCGUGAAGUGGUGGAGCCAAAGCUCAUUGAAAUGAAUCGCAAUGUUGAGAGGGUUUCUCAGCACAUCAAGUCAGCAAAAAUGAAGGCAGCAAUUAAAGAACCUGAACAUUACGAAAAUGGGUCAAGCCCAGAUAUGAAUACCAACCAGGUUUCAUCCAUCAAUCUAGAUCACUUUGAAGCUGAGCUUCAAAACAAGAUAGAAGACUUAGAGAGAAGGUUACAGUGUAGUGAGGAGAUUCAAGAUGAUGAUGAAAAGGUGGAUGAAGAAGAAGCAGAUGUGGAGCAGAUGCUACAAGAAGGAGAGCGACUGCUGCAACUGACUGAUGAUGAUAGAAGACAGAAACAAAUCAGCAAAAAGCUGAUUCUAUUACAGACAAAGCAUGCCUCUGUUAAGGCAACAAAGUUAAUGCAGAAGGAGCAAGUAGGAGGGCUUACACCUAGGUGGUACCAGUACAAGAGAGAGGAAGACCAGUUCCUACAGUGGCUUGAUGACAUUGAGCAGCAACUGUUGAACGCUUCCAGCUCAGAAGACCAGAAGAAAUUACAGGAACUGACCCAAGAGUUUGAACAACGAAGGGAAGACUUCAGUGUCUUAACAAAGAAGGGCCAAGAUCUAACACGGUAUCGUACCUCUUCACAGCAAGACCCCAUCAAUGUGGAAAAGCGCUGGCAUCAGAUAGAAGCUCUGUUUUCCAAUUAUCAAACACACCCUUUCAAAAGUCCAGAAGCGCAAGUUAUCACUGCUCAUUAUACCACCAGUGCAGGGAUGACAUCACAGUAUUUCCCAUCGGAUUAUCUUCUGGAUGUAAACAAGGCAUUGCUUGCUCUAGCUGAUGUUGAACUAGUAUUGAAUGCACCAGAAUUGAAUAAUGGAAAAUAUGAGGAUUUCUCAAGCCAGGAAGAUUCCUUAAAGAAUAUAAAGGACAUGCUGGAGAAACUUGGUGACCAAAUUGAGGAUAUUCAUGAGAAUCAGCCUGAUGCCCUUCUUGAAGCUUCUGCAGCUGAGGUUGUCCAAAUAGGUGACACAUUGACGCAACUUCAUGCAGAAUGGGAUCGAGUGAACAGAAUGUAUAAUGAUCGCAAAAGCUGUUUUGACAAGGCUGUGGAAGAAUGGCGACAAUUUCACUGUGACUUAAAUGACCUGAAUCAGUGGGUGAUGGAAGCUGAGCAGUUACUGUCUGUUGCCCGAGACCGAAAUGGUAGUCUGGAUUUGGAGGAAGCCAGGAUUCACCAACAGGAGCUGGAAGAAGGUCUCAGCAGUCACCAGCCGGUAUAUAUUACUUUAAAUGCCUCUGGCACAGACAUCAUACAGGAUCUUUCAACAGCAGAUGGAUGUCUCCUGCAGGAGAAGCUCAAUGGAUUAAAUAAACGCUGGGCAGCUAUUUCUACAGAGGUCAAAGAUCGGCAUCGAAGGUUGGAAGGAGAUAGCCAACAACGCUCUGAUUUAAAGAAUCAGCUGGAUGAAUUUGGUUUGUGGUUGGAUAAGGUGCGGAAUUCUGUAAAGGCUGUGCAUUCACCACCAACAGAACAUGAUCUGAAGGAAUUGAAGGUUGUAGCAACAGACCUCAAGUUGCGCAGUGACCAUCUAACCAUGAUGAACAGUGUUGCAGAGGAUAUGCUUUCAGAUAAAAACCUAAGUCUACAAGAGAGAGACAAACUUUCUGCAAAACUUAGAAUUAUCAAUUCAAACUGGAAUAAGAUGUGCAAAGAACUGCCUGUUAAAGUGAAAGAAAUUGAGAUUCACCUCCAGGAUUAUGGUCACUUCAAAGAAGACCUGGAGAAGUUGUUCAACUGGGCAGUAGUUACCGGACAGAAAUUCCAACACAGAGGAUCACUUUCACCUGGAGACACACAACUUCAGUUAUUAGAAGCUGCUGUGAUGAACCACCAAACUGACAUUGAGACUACUCUCACUAAAGCUUUGGAGUUGGACAGGAAAAACUAUUUGCUCCCUGAAGAAAAGAGUAAAGUGGCACAACUUUCUGCUGACUGGAAAACUCUCCAGACUACUUUGAAAGAUCUUAAUGAUCAGUGCUUCAUGGGAUGGAGUCAGCAUAUGUCUCAACCAAAGGUUAAAGUAGUUCAUUCCACUGUUCAAACAGUCACCCUGGUGUCAGCAAUGCCUCCAUCUCCUGGAACCAGUCCGUUGGGUCUACGGGAUGCCUUCUCCUCAAAGUCUGAAUCAUUGAUGCCAGCAGAUCUGGAUAAAUCAGCUGUGGAGCUCAUUGACUGGCUGACACUCAUUGAUCAGAUGAUCAAAUCAAACAUAAUUACUGUUGGAGAUCUGGAGGAGAUUAAUGAAACCAUUGUACGCCUGAAGACUACAAAGAACGAUUUGGAGCAGCGACGACCACAGCUCGAUGCUAUUUUUACUCUGGCUCAGAACCUGAAAAAUAAAACGGGUGACCUGGAGGAGCGAGCUUCAAUUACUGAACGAUUGGUGAGGGUGCAAAACCAAUGGGACAACACACAGCACGGAUUGGAGGCGCGGCAGCAACAGCUGGAAGAGUUGCUCAGUGACAGCAUACAAUGGGAAGAGGACUUGCAGGCAACUGAACGAAUGGUCGGUCAGAGUGAAAUCCGCCUGCAGAAUGUGCUUCAUGUCACUUCAGAGCCACUUGCCCCACAGCUGGCAGAAAGCAAGCAAUUCUUACAAGAAUUACACAAAGGGCAGUUUACAGUGGCUGCAUUCAAAGACUUAUCCAGUAAACUUCUCCGGGAGUAUGCAGCAGAUGAUACUCGGAAGGUGAAAGAGGUUACAGACAGCAUUAAUACAUCCUGGAAUAAUAUCAAUCAAAGAGCCAGUGAGAGAGUUGAAAAGCUGGAGAAUGAACUGAAGCAGCUACAGAACUUGCUGCAGGAGUUAGAGGGAUGUCUCGGGUGGUUGCAGGAUACUGAAAGUGCAGUUGAUACCCUGGCUAAUGCAGCUGACAAAGAAGACUUUCUGCAGGAUAGUGCUGAGGUGAAGGAACUCAAACACCGAUUGCGAGAUAUCCAGGCUGAAAUUGAUGCUCAUAAUGACAUCUUUAAGAGUAUUGAUGGCAACAGACACAAGAUGGUGAAAGUUUUGGGAAAUUCAGAGGAAGCUGCCUUGCUUCAGCAUCGACUUGAUGAUAUGAACCAACGAUGGAGUGACCUAAAGAACAAAUCUGUCAAUAUCAGGGCUCAUUUGGAAGCCAAUGCAGAACGUUGGAACAGGUUGCUAGCAUCAUUAGAAGAACUAAGUAAGUGGUUAAAUCUCAAGAACGAAACGCUGUCCAGACAGAUGCCCAUUGGAGGUGAUGUUCAAACUCUACUGCAGCAACAUGAUCAUUGUCGUGCACUCAGACAUGAACUAAUGGAUAAGGAGGAGACAAUCGUAACUGCUUUGGAUUCAGCUCGGUUAUUCCUUGCAGAUCAGCCCAUAGAAGGGCCAGAGGAGCCGCGCCGACACCUUCAUGUUAAAACAGAACCUACCCCGGAAGAGAGAGCCCAGAGAAUUGCCAAAGCUGUCCGCAAACAGUCAACGGAAGUGAAGGAAAAUUGGGAGCAAUUGAAAACCCAUGCGAGCAACUGGCAGAAACAGGUGGAAAAGGCAUUGGAGAAACUUCAAGAACUGCAGAAAGCUAUGGAUGAUCUUGAGGCUCAUGUGAUAACAGCUGAAGGGGUCCGCACUGAUUGGCAACCUGUGGGUGACCUGCUUAUUGACUCAUUGCAGGAUCACAUUGAUAAAACCACAGCUUUUAAAGAAGAAAUUACCCCAGUGAAGCAAGAAGUCAAAAUAUUAAAUGAUCUGGCCAGUCAGUUAUCUCCGCUUGAUGUAUCUUUAUCUCCAAAGAUUUCUCACCAGCUUGAUGACCUAAAUAUGAGGUGGAAACUUAUACAGGUUGCUGUUGAGGAUCGGAUCAAGCAGUUGCAAGAAGCAUACCGGGAUUUUGGUCCUUCAUCACAACACUUUCUUUCGACCUCCGUCCAGCUGCCUUGGCAGAGAGCUGUAUCACACAACAAUAAAGUGCCAUAUUACAUCAACCACCAGACUCAGAGUACCUGUUGGGACCAUCCAAAAAUGACUGAACUUUUUCACUCAUUAGGUGAUUUAAACAAUGUGCGUUUUUCUGCUUAUCGGACAGCAAUGAAGAUCCGCCGACUCCAGAAAGCGCUCUGUUAUGCUGCCAGACCCACUGGGCUUUUCCAGCAACUUUGUUUUUGUUGUUGUUGUUGUUGAUCAACUUGCAUUGUGUUGACCCCAUAUAACAUGGGAAAAGUCAAAAGAAAAACAAAACGAUGCAUGAGGUGAAGCAGUUUAACUGAAGGGGUAGUGGCAAACAAUAAACACUUGAAGACAUCGUUCCGAAGAGUGUGCAAGGACUGAAGAACCCAGGAAUGUAGGGGUCAUAAAGCCAUAAGAUGAAGGAACGGAAGUAGGCUUUUCAGCCCAUUGAAUCUGCUUCACCAUUCGAUCAGAUCAUGGCUAUCUCUGUUUUGAAUAUUCUUAAUGACCCAGCUUCAACAGGCCUCUGGAAUAAACAAUUCCACAAAAUCAAACCCUCAGAGGAAAUAAAUUCAUCUUCAUCUCUGUCUUAAAUAUGUGACCCCUUAUUCUGAGAUUAUGCCCUUUGGUCGUAGAUUCUCCCACAAGAGGAACCAAACUUUCUGCAUCUACGCUAACAGGUCCCCUAAGAAUCCUGUAUGUUUUAAUAAGGUAACCUCUUACUGUUCUAAAUUCUAAAGAGUACAGGUCCAACCUAUUUGACCUCUUCUUGUAAAAAACAUCCUUCUGUACCCAGAAUCAACUUAGUGAACCUUCUCUAGACUGCCUGCAAUGUUGGUAUUUCUUUCCUUUGAUAAAGGGCCAAAACUAUUCACUGUGUUUAAGAUGUGGUCUGUCUAGUGCUUUGUAUAGUUUUAACAAUACUUCCCUCUUCUUUUAUUCCAUUCCUUUUAAAGGCCAACAGAACACUUCCUUAUUAGUUGCUGAACAUGGAUGCUAGCUUUUUAUGAUUCAUGCACAAGGACCUCCAAAUCCCUCCUGUACUGCAUCUUUC